AUGUCACCGAGCGAUCAAAUAACCCAGGUCACGGUUCCUGAACAAGAUGACCAGGCCACGCUCAAGCCCGCCGUUGGGGAUUGCCAACAGUCCCAGGGAGUCACCCGAAUGGAAGCCGUCUAUCGCGAGGCCAGGUCGGAUCGGAAGACAUUGUGGCUCAUCGGGGUGUCAGUGCUCGUCUGCGCUUGGGCUUACUCGCUCGACUCAUCCACCACGUCCUACUACUCGGUCGAUGCCUCCUCAUAUUUCAAACAGCACAGCUCAGUACUCUCAACUCUAUCAAUUGCAACAAGCAUCAUCAGUGCCAUGAGCAAACCCUUUAUCGCAAAAGUCUCGGACAUUACAUCCCGCCCGUACACAUACAUAUUGGUGCUGGUCUUUUACGUCCUGGGGUAUAUCAUUGUUGCCACAUGUAGGACCGUUGCUGGCUACGUCGUUGGAGAAGUCUUUGUCGCCAUUGGGAGCUCUGGCCUUGACUUGACCAACGAUAUCAUCGUCGCGGAUCUGACACCGCUCGAAUGGCGCGGAUUUGCUAGUUCCAUGUUAUCCACACCUUUCAUCAUCAACACCUGGUUUGCCGGGAAGAUUGUGGAUGCUAUCGAUAGCAAAGGCCAGUGGCGCUGGGGAUACGGGAUGUUUGCCAUUAUAAUGCCUGUCGCCCUCGGACCAGCCGUCGCCACGCUCAUCUACCUCGAUCGCAAAGCUAAACAGAAUGGCAUUGUCAACAUUGCCUCUUCGAACGCCGCACGUCGAGCUGCUGGGCAUCUUGCGGAGAGGGAAGGUCGCGAUACACCCCGUGGUACGGUCUCAGCACGGGCAGUUGAACCUUCCGAACGCUGGGCGCCGUCUGUCCGGCGCAUCCUGGAGGAAAUUGAUGCCUUUGGUCUGGUGCUGCUGGGGUUCGGCUGGUCACUCUUACUAUUGCCAUUUUCUCUGAAAACCUACGCAGAUGGUGGUUGGCGGAAUCAAUCGCUCAUCGCCAUGAUGAUCGUCGGUGGCCUCCUCCUGAUCGCCUAUGUCAUCUACGAGGUUAAAUGGGCCCGUGUACCCAGUGCUCCUCGCUGA